ACGUGACGUAUCUAUGAUGAAUCAAUUAAACGAACAAUCUGUAUUAAUGUCGGUAUCUUAUGCCCGCGAUUACGAGUACAGCAUUCAAAUGAAUCGUUGGUUAUUAAAACCGAUCGGUGCCUGGCCCAAUCUCACGAAAACCACAAGAACUGAAAAAUUACUCGUCAAAUUAUUAAACUUUAUCUGUCAUUCGCUGAUUAUUUUCACGGUGAUGCCAUGCAUGAUGUACAUUUUCUACGAAAACGAGAGUUUGAAGACAAGAAUGAAGGCAAUCGGACCGACAAGCCAUUGGAUAAGGGCAGAAUUGAAUUAUUGUUGUCUAUUGAUGAGAGCAAAAGAGAUCGUCUAUUGUAUUGAACAUAUAGAAUAUGAUUGGAAAACAGUUCGAAGAGCUAGAGAUCGAGAAUUGAUGAUAAAGAACGCUAGACUCGGUCGUUUCAUCACGUGCAUCGCCGCACUUUGCAUGUAUUGCGGAGUCAUAUCUUACAUCGUGAUCACAGGUUUCAAAAAGAUAACAUUUCAAAUUGGAAAUGACAGCUAUUCGAUGUAUCAGUUACCUUGUCCAUUCUAUACGAACCUGUUAGAUGUUAGGUUCAGUCCCAUGAACGAGAUCGUAUUCGCUCUACAGUUCGUCUCCGGAUUCAUCUCAACCUCGGUCACAGUUGGAGCUUGCGGACUAGCCGCCGCAUUAGCAAUGCACGCGUGUGGUCAGUUCAACGUGGUGAUGGCCAAGUCGGAUAAAUUGGUGAAAGAUAACAAUGAGAAAAAACAGGACGAGCACACGCUUCACAAGAAGCUUGGUUUUAUCGUUGAGCAUCAUCUACGAACAUUAAGUCUUGUAUGGUAUAUGGAAAAAGUUAUGAAUAUGAUUUGCUUGGUUGAAUUGGUGGGAUGUACAAUGAACAUGUGUAUUCUUAAAUAUUACUUUCUCACGGAAAAAUCAAAGACAGUAUUAGCUAUAUACGCAAUCGUAUAUGCAUCUACGGUCUUUAAUAUAUUUAUAUUUUGUUAUAUAGCAGAGAUAGUUACAGAACAGGGCAAAAAAGUAGGAGAGAAAUUUUAUAUGACUGAAUGGUAUCAGUUACCUCAUAAAACUGCUCUCGGAUUAGUAUUAAUCAUUUCAAGAUCGAGUAUGGUAAUUAAAAUUACUGCUGGAAAAUUAAUACAAAUUUCUAUCGCAACUUUCGCUGCUGUAAGUAUUGAUAUGAAAACAUUUUCUCUUCAUUUCACGAUGAUGAACCAAGUCGCAAUCACAGAGGAAAUUAAAAUCAACAGUGAUUACAGUCUUCAGUUGAAUCGAUGGUUUCUAAAACCAAUCGGUGCUUGGCCUUUGUUCUCUACCACCACAAAAUUUGAAAAGAUCGUUUCGUUAAUUUUAAAUAUCGUAUGUUACGCAAUUGUGAUAUUAUGCGCGACUCCUAGUUUGAUGCAAAUAAUUUUAGCUGAAGAAAGCUUUUAUCUGAAAUUGAAAACACUCGGUCCUGUGAGCCAUUGGUUUGUUAGCACUGUUAAUUACACAGCAUUAUUAAUGAAAAGUAAAGAUAUACGUUAUUGCUUCGAGCAUAUGGAAACCGACUGGCAAACAAUAAAAAGAAUGGAGGACCAACAGACGAUGCUGAAAAAUGCAAAAUUUGGCCGCUAUGUGGCCGCCUCGUGCGCCAUCUUCAUGCAAGGUGGCAUUUUGUGCUUUUGUUUCGUGACUAUAUUGACAACGGAGACUAUUCAAGUAGGUAACGAGACAAGAGUUCUUCAUGUGCUACCUUGUGCUGUGUACAAAGAACUGGUAAACGUCGAGGAAAGUUCCAUCAACAUUUUUAUGCUUUGUUUCCAAUUUGUGGCAGCCGCUAUCGCAAAUUCCAGCACAGUUGGAAUUUUUAGUCUCGCGGCUGUUCUUGCCGCUCAUGCAUAUGGCCAAUUAAGUGUGGUUAUGGUAUGGAUCACGGAAUUCGUGAAUCAAUCGAGAGAGCAAAAAAAAACAAAUGAUUUUAAAGAAAUAGGAAUAAUCGUAGAACGACAUUUGAGAGUAUUGAAUUUCAUAACAUAUCUUGAGAAUAUAAUGAAUCGGAUAUAUUUUUUGGAAUUGUUUAGGUGCACGAUGAUCAUAUGUAUAGUCGGUUAUUAUAUUCUUACGGAAUGGGCGGAAAAAAAUGUUCAAAAUUUAACCACCUAUUUCAUGAUGCUUCUCUCGAUUUGUUUUAACAUUUUUAUUAUAUGUUAUAUCGGUGAAAUAUUGACAGAACAGUGCAUGAAAAUUGGUGAAGUGGUUUAUAUGACAGAUUGGUAUUAUUUACCCGAUAAGACAAUCCUUAAUUUGAUUUUGAUAAUACUACGAUCGACUGUCGUAGUCCAAAUCACUGCUGGAAAAUUAUUUAAUAUGUCCAUUUAUACUUUCGGUGAUGUGUUAAAAACUGCUUUUGCGUAUUUAAAUCUACUACGACAAAUGACGUGAUAAAAUAAAAUUUAAAAGAAAAUUGAUAUAUUAAAUUUAUAAAAUUAAUUAUAAAAAUUAAAAUUUCUCCAUAAAUUCAUUUCAUUUUACAAUAUAAUAAAAAUACAAUCGCAAACAAAGAUAAAUUAUUAUUUUUACAAUAUAAUCUUAUGUUACGAAAAAGUCAAUUAUAUCACAACGUAAGUAGGAAAAAUUUUGGAAUUGAAAUUAGGAAUAAAGUUAUUUCAAAAAUA